AUGAAAAAAGCAUACCUGAAGUUGAAGGAGAUCGGAAAAACCGAGGAGAUUACAGAGAGAAGGGACGUCAGACUCAGACGCUACAGUGGAUGGAAGGAAAAAGAUGAUAGAGACAAAUGCAGAACCAAGACAUAUAAAUUGGUGGUGAUGGGCCCCAGUUGUGUGGGCAAGAGCGCACUGACCAUUCGGCUUAUUAAGAAUCGAUUUGUGGCAGAAUAUGACCCUACCAUCGAAGACUCCUACCGUAAGCAAAUGGUGGUGGACAAAGAGCCGUGCCAGCUGGACAUCCUCGACACCACGGGCAUUGAAGAGUAUCGCCCUCUGAGGGACCAGUUCAUACACUGGGGGGAGGGCUUCCUCUUUGUCUAUGCAGUGAAUGACUUCAACUCUUUUAAGAAUGUGAAUGUCUUCUGGGACCAUCUGAGGAGGCUCAAGGACACCAACCACAUACCCAUGGUGUUGGUGGCCAACAAAGUAGACAUGGCCAACAGGAUGGUGGACCCCACACUGGGCAAGGUGGUGGCCAGGAGCUUUGGGGUCCCUUUCGUGGAGACAUCAGCCAAGACUGGGCAAGGUGUGGAGCAAGCCUUCCACGAGCUGGUUCGCGAAAUUCGACGGAUACAAGCUGAGGAGAAGGAGCUCAAGAAUCUCCCUACUACUAAGAAGAGGCAGGCCUGCGUGUUCAAGCAUUGCACAAUCCUGUGA